UUUUUUUUUAGCAACUUAAUUCAAUUAAAUACAAUGGAUGUUGCAGAAUUGGCAGAGGCAUUCAAGGAGCAAUCCCCAAACCAUGCACAACUGAUGCAACGCAUGCAAGCACUCAUGGGACAGGGUAUAGACGUCUCUUCUUUAUUCGCGAAUGUAGUCUCACUUGCGUCCAUACGCGAUAUACCCAUCAAAAAGGCUGCCUACGCGUUCCUGACUAUGUAUGGCCGGACGAACGAAGAACUAUGCUUCCUAAGCAUCAACACACUUCUUCAGGACUGUGCGGAUGCUGAUCCCAUCGUACGAUCCCUUGCAUUGCGAACACUUUGCUCGCUUGGACAGAAAAGUGCACUGCGGUUCAUGCUGCAGCCCUUGAACAAGGGUUUCCAAGACAAAAACGCUCAUGUCAGAAAGACGGCUGUCAUGGCGUGUAUUCCAUUAUUCGAACUUGACUCGGUUUUUGUCCUCGAAAGCGAAAUUGUUGAUAAAUUGUAUGGACUACUCAGAGAUCGAGAUGCUCAGGUGGUGAUCAACUGUAUUCUGGCAUUAGAAACCAUCCUGGUGGAUGAAGGCGGCAUUGUCAUCAAUCAAAACAUUGCUCAAUACUUGCUUAAACGAUACAAGGAUUGGAACGCAAGUCAGCUACAGAUCGUCCUUGGAGUCCUCUGCCGCUACAGACCUUUAACUAGCGAUGAGCUCUAUGAGAUCAUGAAUGAUAUAGAUGAUGGCUUGCAGCACCCAUCGCAAGCGGUUCAAAUGGCAACCCUUAGAUUGUUUAUCUGGCUAACCCAAGAUUUGAAUGAGGUUCAAGAGGAUGUCCAAAAGACUAUUGAAGAAACCCUACUCAAGCAUCUGGAAUCACCUAUACCAGAUAUUAUAUAUGCAUCGCUAUGCCAUCUUGCACUACUAGUAGAAAAGACUAAGGGACUUUUACAAACAGCACCUCAGCAUCUCUCUGCUCUUUUCUGCAGGUCCUAUGAGCCUGUCGCGAUUAAAACCCAAAAACUUGACCUCUGCACUACCAUUGCUCGAUCUUCUUCUGCAGCCACUACAGUCAAUGCAGAUACUGCUGCUGCCUUCACAGAAUCAAAGGCACAGCUACAAAACUACAUCUUGGACCAUCUCUGCCAGGUUGCGGCUCUGAACUACUCCCCAUCUUCUUCUACUAUUACUGCCACCACUUCAUCUUACCGUCUAGCGACAAAACUCGAUCGACAAACAUUAGCAGAGCAACUUCGGGUGGCAUGUCAUGCGAUAGAAUCUAUCGGAAUCAUCGGAUCUGCGCCUCAUACAUCACCAUUAUCUAGUUCAGCCUUAGGGUCAGCUUCAACCUCAGGAACACUGAUACCCGACCAUGAGUAUAAUCCCACCGAAUCACCAUUAAAAUUACAUCAUUCGAGUGGCAAGCGUAAUCAACCAAAAGCGAUUGUUCAAUCCUGUCUUGAUCGAUUAUUUCAAUUACUUAUUCUCUUUUCGGGAAUGGAGCAUGUCUUGGAUCCUAAAGCACACCGUGCUCGUGACCAUAGUCGUGACAAAAAGGAGAAAACUAUCUCUAAUGUUUCAUCGUCAUCACCAUCACCAUCACCAUCAUCAUCACCAACAGCUUCAACAAGUUGGAUGCACUCAAUUGAUAAAAUAGCAUUUCAGGACCUGGAUUUAGAUGAAAGUCAGAAGGCCAUGUUGUUGUCGGCUGCCCUAAUAGCCAUCGAAAGAUGCUGGCAGCCUGAAUUCAAAGCUCGGGUUUGGACAUUACGCUCUGUCAACGACUCCUUGGAUGAGUUACCAUCUAAAAACACCGGGAACGGUAGCAGUGGUACUGGCAGUGUUAGUAUUCUAAAACCAUUCCAGAUCAAAGCACUCGGCAUUCUCCUUCUUCGACAUCUUGAUCAAGAUGAACUGGAUCGAAGAGCCAAAACCAAGAAACCUCUCCGUUUCCGAUAUGAUGAUAGCGCGAGUAUCAGUGGGGGAUGCGGUGGCGGUGGAGAUCUGCUUUCCUCUGUGCAUAGUCUAUCAGGUUCUGGGAGCGGGAUAGGGACAACGGUAGCAACAACAACCGAGGAUAUUUCAAGGCUCGCAAGGAUCAAUGGGAUUCGGAUUUUACUCUUGGAAGAAUCUUUGCAACAACGACAGUUAAUCCUACAUCAGAACAAGAAGGCGCAAUCAACGGAAAGAACAACAGCAGUCGUAACAGAUGCUACGGCUAUGGCUACAGCCCUUGCGAUGCGAUAUCAAUAUGUUGUUGUUCUACAACAGCAAAUUCAAGACAUAGUACAGUCGAUCCAUACAAACAACAAUGACAACAACAAUAACAGUACCAUGCAUUCACUACAAAUCAGAAAUGAACAAAUUGCUGCUCUUCAUUUAGCCUGUUACAUGGUUGCCUUCGUAAUCGAUCACGGUGGUUAUUAUCAUUCGUUCCUCGACCUCAAAAAGGACGACGGAGGAGGAGGAGGGGGAGGAGGAGGAGGAGGAGGAGAAGGAGAAGGAGAAGGAGAAGGAGAAGAUGAUCGAAACAGUAACCAAGAAGAAGCAAAAAGCCAGAAAUAUCGAGAGUCUCUUGGAGAAAAACUACCUCGUGAACGUGAUAAUGAACUUUUGAGAUCCAGCCUCGAGAUUCUUGCACAUGCAAUCGAUCAGCUCAUUCCUCCAGUAGCAACAACGGAAGAAUUGGAUGAUAAUGAUUCCCGCAUAGACGACGCCUUCAGCCCUGCUGGUACAGGAAAUAAUCCGUUCAAUGAACAAGGAUCGCGACAAACUCCCGACAUCCGUCCUCAUGAUCACAAUCAUAAUCGCCAUCAUAAAGAGAAUCUUCUAAUUUCAAAAGAUGUUGCAGAUCGUGCUCGAUUUAUCAAAGCAGCUUUCCUUGUCCCUCUUUUAAAUGGCUUAUCGACAGUAUCAUCAUCAUCAUCAUCAUCAUCAUCAUCAUCACCAGUGGCAACAAACCUUUCAAGUUCAUCAUCCAAUCCUUUUGACUCUCCAAUCUUCAGAACAGAGUCCUAUUGUCGACUUGUGAAACAGAAGCUGGUCGCCCAGUUUGGUGUCACUGGACAACAGCAAGUAUCACAGCUUCCCUAUGCUGACAUAACUAGUCUUCAGGAGAUCAAUCGGCAAAUGCUCAAUGACUGGCGUUUUCAGAUCGGAUUCAACACCUUGGCCAUCCCUCAACCAUAA